AUGUAUUUUCCAAAAAAUGCAAUUUCUGUAUACCAAGAUGAAGUUAAUUCAAUUGAAACUGAUGAAGAAAAUUUGAAUCACAAUGAAUGUGAUUUUGAAGAUUUUGAAGAAAAUGUAAUUGGUAAUAAUAAUAGUAAAGGUUGUGAUUUUGAAUCAAUAUUAUCUUUAUGGAAAAAAAUGUUAGAAGCUGAAAAAUAUGGCUUUUCAUGA